AUGGACCAUGAUGAAACUCAUAGUAAUACACCGAGUGAACCUUUCCAUACCAUUCCGAUCUAUCAACCAGACGCUUCUUCAUCCGAUAGUGAUAGUAACGAUAAUAACGAGAGCCCAGUAAACUUAGAUUCACCUGUAGAAGAAAAUAGAGAAAACGUUUUGCAACGUUCCACCACCAUUACCUCAGUAUUACAACAUAGACCAAGAAUUCAACCACCACCGCGUUCUUUUACUGAACCAGUACCAAAACAUGAACGACAUCCUUCCGAUGGUGAUGAAUCAUCAUCAUCAUCUUAUAAAAAAAGUAAACAUGAACUGUCAAAAGAGAAUUUGGAAAAGACUCAUCGAAAAAGUAGUGAUCAAUCAAAAAGAGAUUCAAAAUCAUAUGAUAAUUCAAUGCGUGGAAUAAAAAAAGAAAUGUCAAGCGUAGCAAUAGAUGAUGGUGGUGGGUAUAGAGAUAAUGAACUUUUAUAUCAAAGAGAUUCAGCCGAUCUUUUACCAUUAACUUUAAAUAAAGGUUUCGAUUCAUCAUUUACAGUAGCAUACUAUUCUCCACUUAUGCUGUUUUCAAUAUUUUACGGAGAGAAAAAAAGAGUUGACGUGUCAAAAUUUCAUGAAGUUAAUUAUGGUGCAAAAUGGUGGAGAUUUGGUACUUCGAAAGUGAGAGAAGGCAUCAUAAUGUCGAUAUAUUGUAUAUUUGUAAUAGGAUUUGUUACGUCUGAUAUAAUUAGUAGGGCUUUGAAUGAGUCAAAUUUACAAGUAUCGAAAGUGUUUGAGGAUUUUGUACCAUUUUUAUUUAUGUUGAUUAUAUUUUCUAGUGGAUUUUUUAUAUUUAUUUGGACUGUUGUGGAUCCGGUCAUCGAUGGCACAUUACACGGAAGUGGUGAAGGAAAAAAGAGAUUAAUCGGAGUGUUGCCAAAUGCUUUUAAAUCAAAGAGGGUUUGA